AUGCAAUUAACUCCUAUCCUCAUUGGCGCCCUCUUUGCUUCCGGCCUACACGCCGCACCCGCUGCCGGCGCCGGGCAGAGCGCAAUUGACGGGAACGUGAUAUUCAAGCGGUCGGGCCAGUUGUGCAGAGUCCUCGCGGACGAAGUCAAUUGCCGCACCGGGCCUGGCACAAACUACAAAAGUAUCGUGCGAAUCUCCAAUUCCUGGACACGCGGGUACUAUUUCACCUGCGUUAAGUCGGGCCAAUGCAUUACCUUGAACGGCGCCGUCAACUGUGGUUGGGAUUACCUUGAGGAGGAGGGAUGUUAUGUGAACGGCCACUAUACUGACGGCUCCUGCACUCUGGCGAAGCUUGGGCGCUGUUAA